ACGUGUAACACAUUUCGACGUCGGUUUGUGUUGUGUGGUGUUUUUAGUAGUGUUAGUGCGGCGGUAUGAAGUAGUUCGGAUAGGAAUGCUGUGUUUUGUUUUUUUAUUUAAAAAUAGGUAAAUUUCUAAAUGAGUAAUCAGUUCACAAAUUGGGAUUUCGGAUCGGAUCGGAUUCAGUAAUUGGAUAUGCUUCGAGUAAACGUCUAAUAUUUUGUGGAUCAAAUAGAACGGGUGAAUGGCUAAUCGAAAUUGAACAAUGAGUGACGCGAAUGAGAAUACAGAUGCGGCUGCAGUUGCUGCUCAACAGCAGGCACAAGCACAGGCACAGGCUCAGGCACAGGCUCAAGCUCAAGUAGCCGCUCAACAACAACAAGCUCAAGCUCAAGCCCAAGCCCAGCAGCUUCAAGCUGUUACUGUUCAGCAACAGCAACAACAACAGCAACAGUUGCAAGUUCAGCAGCAACAACAGUUACAAGUUCAGCAACAACAGUUGCAAGUGCAGCAGCAACAGCAACAACAUUUUCAAGCUACUUUGGCAUCGCAGCAACAACAACAGCAGCAGCAACAAAUGCAGACUCAAGCUGCCGCCCAAGCCACGCAGCAAGCCGCCCAACUUCAGCAAAUGGGUACACCGCAGCCAACCGCCCAAAUUCAGCAGCUCGGUGCACCUCAGCAACAACCCCAAAUUCAGCAGAUUAGUGGUUGGGAGCAUGGCCAAGUAGGCCAAGUUAAUCAGGCGAUUCCGAUUGAUGGGAAACUUUACAUUUGGAAUUCCAAGCGAUGUUGGUUUGAAUGUAAUGAAAACUGUUAUGAUUUUGAAAGUAACGAGGUUCAGCUUAUCCAGCAACCAGUGCCGAAUCAAAGUUACGUGCAGUACGGUCAAGGAGGGCCUAUACUAAUGCAAACAUCCGGAAACCUUACCACCUUACAGCCUAAUUCGAAUCAAAAAAUACAGCUGAUCGCUGGAAAUACGAUGCUUCCAGGCCAAACGCCUUUCUCAUCGUUCCAGACGAUACCGACGUCCAACAACCAAGCCAUAUUGAUCGGAAAUUUCACAAAUCAGCCGAAUCUUAUCCAAGCUCAAUCGGUUACCGCUGUGGCCACUUCGAAUAAGCAGCAAGAUCUGCAAAAGUUCAAUGCUUACGGUGCGAAUCGUGCCAUACCGCAGGGUGCCCAGUCUGUGCAGUUUCCGUGGCAGUUCAACGCGCCCAUUCAGCAGGCCACCACGGCCAAUUUAUGGGCUACAGCUACCGCCUCCCCGCAGCCAGCUAUUAUCCAGACACAGCUACAGAAUGGCCUGUUCAUCCAAAGUAGAAGAAGUCCCCAACAAGACGGAACCGGGCAACUGCCGCAAGGACAAGUGUUCAUCCAAAGUCCACCUCCCCAACAUGGUCCCGGUAUCCUGCAAAACAGUCAAAAUAUCCAAAGCAUUACGCAAGUGUCGAAUGCUGCCAAUACGAUGAAAAGGCCGCAAGAAAAUAUUCAACCAAAAAUGGCUGUUACUCGAGCCGUCUCUAUAUUGCCGUCCGGCGCGACUGCCAUUCGACCUGGUAGCUCGGUAUCGACCCAGACUACCUCCACUAUCCAAAUACAACCGCAAAUGAUGCAAAAAUCUCAGCCUAAAAAUGUUAGACCAAAAGCUGUUACUAGUCGUACAGGCGUAAAUAUCGCCGUAGCCCAGAAAUCAGAUGCAGGUAAUCAGACGAAAAUGCAGUUACCACAACAGCACGCUAUUGCUGGACAAAAUAGAAUGGUUUACCAAUUUGUACAACAAGACAAUAAGGUGCAAAUUCAACAGCAACCGGUGCAACAGUCGAUGAAAAUUCAACAAGUGCAGCCAGCCCAACCUCAGCAAGUUCAACAGCAAUUGAUAUCCCAGCCUGUGACGCUCCAAUCUGCGCAACAGCAUCCGCAGCAGAUGAUCAUUCAAAGAGGAGGAGGAAUGCCCGCAGUAAUGGUACAGCUGCAGCAGCCGCCUCACAUGCAACAACAACAAGUAGUUGCCAACGCCGUUGCCCAACAACAGCAACAUCAGCAGCAGCAACAGCAACAACAACAGCAACAGGCUCAAGUACAAGCGCAGCAGCAAGCUCAACAACAAGCUGAAGCGCAAGCCGCCGCUGUACAGCAGCAAGUACAACAGCAAGUACAGCAACAACAACAACAACUUCAGCAGCUGCAGCAACAACAGCAACAACAACAGCAGCAGCAGCAGCAACAACAACAACAACAGCAGCAAACUAUUACGAUAAGUAAUAUCGUACAGCAGCCUUUAACCAGCGAACAGCAGCAAAUUACAGCCCAACAAGUACCUGAACAAAUCAUGCCUCCUGUAAUUGCACCAGUCAUCAAGGUGGAAAACGGUAGCGAUGCGAAUAACGAGCAGAAAAUCGACCCGUCGAUUAAUCAAAUUCAGCAAACUGUUAUGAAUAACGUGCCGGUCACGCAGAUGGAUCAGUUACCUCCUGAGAAGUCAAUCGCCGUUGAAGGGAUGUUGACGUUGGCUGGCACUGGCUCUCAGAAUUUAACCGCUGGUGCUCCUACCGCCGAAGAAGAUGUCAAAGAUAAAAUAACACCGAAAGCAUUCGUCAAACCUAGUUUUUUGACGCAUAAGAUUGGCGAUCAUAUUAUACUGGAAGCUGACGAACCAUUCCCUCCGUAUACCUCUGCGUUAAUGUCCGAACUGUCCCAGUCGGCGAAAAAUAAUAAAGAAAAUAGAACGAAAGCUAACGACGAAGAGGAACCUUCUCCUAAAAAAUCGAAAACCGCUGACGGAGAAGCCAAAUGCGAACAUUGCAACGUUGAUUUGAAAGGAAAACUGAAGAAAUCCAAGAGAUUUUGUACAAGUUGUAGUAAAAGAUAUAGUACGUCGUAUAAUAAACGAUAUAGCAAAGGAGAAAAUGGAACUGAUUCGAAGGAUUCUAAAAAUAAAGAUUGGGAUGGUAAUGAAAAUAUAGAUUCAGGCGCUGAAAGCAGCUCAACUCCGUCCGAAAGUAUGGAUACCGAAGAAAAUGGACUGACCGAGGCGUCUAGUACGAAUAAUGACGCGUCGAAAUCCAAUCCAUGGAAAUGGACUGUAACGGACGUAUGCGAUUUUAUUAAAAAGCUUCCGGAAGCUUCAGAUUACGUCGAAGAAUUCGCGAGUCACGAGAUUGACGGCCAAGCGUUGAUGUUGCUGAAAGAAAACCAUUUGAUCUCCGUUAUGAGCAUGAAGCUUGGGUUGGCUUUGAAAAUCGUCAACAAAAUCAACGCGUUACGUGAACCACCUCCUAGUCAAAAUGAAAGAUCGUAAGAUCCAGUUUCGAAAAUGAGAUCUUACACGAUCCCCCUUUUUUUUGUUCUUUAUAGUUUAUGGUGCACUAUGAAUUAUUAUUAUUAUUUUUUUUUACAUGUAUAAGUCUUGUAUGUAUGUACCUACGUAUUAUUCGCCGUGUUUUACAAGUUGUUGUAUUUUUAAUACCUACGUAAAGCUCCCAGUUGCCCUUGUGUUCUCCCCCUUUUAAAAGUUGUUUUAUUUAUUUUUUAAAAAAUAACGUAUUUAUACACAAUGGAAUUGUGGUUAAGUGUAGAAAGUGUAUAGGUGAAUAUUGACAUCAUUUUGACAAUGAUGUUGAUUUUCAACCAGAUGUGUAUGAAAAUUAUUAUGACAGUAAGCAAAUUAUAUAUUUUUUCCCGUUAUAUGUUGAUCAUGUAAUUUUGAGAUGGAAGGUUUCAAAGGGCCUUACGCAACUAAAAAUAUACCUAUUCGUGUUGUUCUAUUUGAAUUUAAAUUAAUAAUUGUAUUUGUUCUUUUUUCUGUGAGUCGACUGUCUCGUUUAUUUUUUCAUUUCUGUACUUUUUCAUGGCAUGUUUUUUCAAUCAUUUUUUUUUUAACAUAAGCAAUGAACGCGAAAAAAAGCGAUCGAAAUACGGUUUUAAUUACAUCUCACAUUGUGAUAUAUUUUUUAAUUUCGCUCAGUUUUAUAGGUCGUAUUUUUUGUUUUUUCCCGUAUCUUUCUUUUGUGUAUAUAAAUAUACUUGGGGUUUAUUUUAUAACGGUUUGUUUACUAUUUUUUUAACCUUCAUUUUGCAUACGAAGUUUUGUUAUAUGUUCGUGUAUUUUUAAAUAUGUGUAAACAGUGAAUAAAAUGUCUUGAUGCUUGA